CACAAUGACAUCUUUUCAAGAAGUCCCGUUACAGGCAUCGAACUUUGCACAUGUCAUCUUUCAAAAUGUGGCCAAGAGUUAUCUUCCUAAUGCACACUUGGAAUGUCAUUACACUUUAACUCAAUUUAUCCAUCCACAUCCAAAAGAUUGGGUUGGUAUUUUCAAGGUUGGAUGGAAUACUGCUCGAGAUUAUUACACAUUUUUAUGGUCCCCUAUGCCUGAACAUUAUGUAGAAGGAUCAACAGUCAAUUGUGUUCUAGCAUUUCAAGGCUAUUACCUUCCAAAUGAUGAUGGAGAAUUUUAUCAGUUCUGCUAUGUUACCCAUAAGGGUGAAAUUCGUGGAGCAAGUACACCUUUCCAGUUUCGAGCUUCUUCUCCAGUUGAAGAAUUGCUAACUAUGGAAGAUGAAGGAAAUUCCGACAUGUUGGUGGUGACCACAAAAGCUGGACUUCUUGAGUUGAAAAUUGAGAAAAUCAUGAAAGAAAAAGAAGAACUUUUAAAAUUAAUUGCGGUUCUAGAAAAAGAAACAGCACAACUUCGAGAGCAAGUUGGAAGGAUGGAAAGUGAACUUAAUCAUGAAAAAGAAAAGUGUGACCACCUGCAAGCAGAACAAAAGAGUUUUACUGAAUUAUCACAAAGCUUAAAAAAGGAAAAUGAAGAGUUUAAGAAGAGAUACAACGAUGUUACAUCUAAAGCUCUCCAACUUGAAGAAGAUAUUGUUUCAGUGACACAUAAAGCAAUUGAAAAAGAAACAGAACUAGACAGCCUAAAGGAUAAACUUAGGAAGACACAACAUGAAAAAGAGCAGCUUGAAAGUCAGUUGAAGACAGAAAAAGAUGAAAAGGAACUUUAUAAGGUACAUUUGAAGAACACAGAAAUAGAAAAUACCAAGCUUGUAUCAGAAGUCCAGACUUUAAAGAAUUUAGAUGGUAACAAAGAAAACAUGAUUGCUCAUUUCAAAGAAGAGAUUGGUAGACUGCAAUUCUGUUUGGCUGAAAAGGAGAAUCUUCAAAGGACUUUUUUGCUUACCACCUCAAAUAAGGAAGAUACCUUUCUUUUAAAGGAGCAACUUCGGAAAGCAGAGGAAGAGGUUCAGGCAACUCGGCAAGAAGUUGCCUUUAUGGCUAAAGAACUAAGUGAUGCUGUAAACGUACGAGACAAGAUGAUGGCAGAUCUACACACUACGCGCCUGGAAAAUGAGAAAGUUAAAAAACAGUUAGCAGAUGCAGUGGCAGAACUUAAACUGAGUGUUUUGAAAAAGGAUCAGGAAAAUGCACUGGAACAUGAGCUGAGAAGAGAAGUUGAAGAUCUGAAACUCCGUCUUCAGAUGGCAGCAGAUCAUUAUAAAGAAAAAUUUAAAGAAUGUCAGAGGCUCCAAAAACAAGUAAAUAAACUCUCAGACCAGUCAGCCAAUAAUAAUAGUACCAUCACAAAGAAAACUGGGAGUCAGCAAAGAGUGAAUGAUGCCUCAAUAAGCACAGACCCUGCUAUUGCCACUUCUGCCAUAGAGGUCAAGCCACCAUCUUAUGCAGUGGAGAAUGAUUUUGACAUCAUAACAAAAGGGCAAGUCUGUGAAAUGACAAAAGAAAUUGCUGACAAGAUAGAAAAGUAUAAAAAAUGUAAACAACUGUUACAGGAUGAAAAAACAAAAUGCAAUAAAUAUGCUGAUGAGCUUGCAAAAAUGGAGCUGAAAUGGAAAGAGCAAGUGAAAAUUGCUGAAAGUAUAAAACUAGAACUAGCUGAAGUCGAAAACAAUUAUAAAGAAAUUAAAAGGAGUCUAGAUAAUCAAGCAGAAAGAAAAAUGGAAGAUGGAGCAGCAGAUGGUGCUUUUUAUCCAGAUGAGAUUCAGAGGCCACCUGUCAGAGUGCACUCCUGGGCGCCAGAGGACAGCGUUGUCUGCAGCCAGCCUGCUCGCAACCUUAGCCGACCUGAUGGUUUAGAAGACCCUGAGGAUGGCAGAGAAGAUGAGAAUGCCCUCCCUGCUCUUGAUGCUCCGAGUCAGCAUUUACGUGGACAUGGAACAGGCUUUUGCUUUGAUUCCAGCUUUGAUGUUCACAAGAAGUGCCCCCUCUGUGAACUAAUGUUCCCUCCCAGCUACGAUCAGAGCAAGUUCGAGGAGCAUGUUGAGAGUCACUGGAAGGUGUGCCCCAUGUGCAGUGAGCAGUUCCCCCCGGACUACGACCAGCAGGGAUUUGAGAGGCAUGUUCAGACUCAUUUUGAUCAGAAUGUUUUAAAUUUUGACUAGUUAUUUUCAUGAGUUAAUAAUACUGUGUUAGCAUUUUAAAAAAAAUUACCUCCAGUAGACCACUUAAGAGACUAUGAGGAGUAGUCUUCAUCUUUCAUGCAGCCACCGCCACUCUCUCUGACCCAGAGCUGCGUUGCAGUUUGCUGUUAACUAAGGUCAGGUUCAAUCUUUCGCUUAUCGGUAUGUAGAAUUUUUAUCUGUUAAUCUUAGCUGCUUAAAGUAAAAUUGUGCUUGCAUCUCUUAUUUAUUC